AUGCCAAAUGGGGAUCUUAACAUGUUAUUAAAAAAACAACAAGAACGACAAGAGUGGCAUCAUCACAGACCUCGAGGAGUGCUCGACUUAUUUUUUUACGCGGGUCAUCACAAACCACACUUACAACAAAGCUCUCGAGAACUCUGCAUUGAAAUUUUUUUUGCGACGAUUCGCUAA